UUCUCCUUCUCCUUCUCCUUCUCCUUCUCCUUCUCCUUCUCCUUCUCUUCUCUCUCCUCUUCACUCUCUUCCUCCUCCUCCUCCUCCUUCGCCCCCUUUGCUUCAUCCAGCUUCUUCUUGGCUGCUGCUACUUCAGUGGUCAAUCAUACACUCAUUAGCUGCCGUUCUUUGCUGCUGCUUUCCAUUUCUUCUUCCCGCCAAUUUACAUAUACUCUUUAUUCAGGAUCCCCCAUUCCAACCUCCACGCUCGCUCAAUUCGGCACAUUCUCCCUGUUCUUUGUUCGACCAGACAGUUGCAUCAACCCAACCCCUUCCUCACUCGAAAUACACCUCGAUCAAAGUCUGCGAAAGUCAAAAGUUCUCGAACUCUAUUUCAGAUACCGUCGCCGUGUUCUUCGCUUCCUAUUUCGAGAUACUUGUAUACAAACUACGGAUACUUAAUUUAUACAAGAAUUUGUCUAUAUCAAACAUUCUACCGGCUUCCCCCCUUCGGCUCUUAAUCAACCCCACGAAUUGAAACCGCGAAAGGCUUGUCUCGUUUGGAACGGAUACUUGCACUUUUCCCCUGCAAUUGGUCGUUCGCUCUUUGACCCGACCAGAUUUACGACAGGUGCUCGUUGCUUCCAAUCCCACUACAAGUGCCUCCUUUGGCACUCCUAAUCCUUCAAAACGGCUGUAUUAUCAUCACUUGUGCGGGACAGCUCUGUCCUGCCACCUCAUCUUCUUGGGAUGCAGGAAAUACAGACUCAGAAUGCCCAGAAUGGGCCAGGUGCUGCGACUGCCAGCAGAUUUCCAGGCCAUGCCUCAAAGCCUUCCAACAGUGACACCGGGUUUUCUCACGGAGCCUACAGCUCCAACCAGUUCUCGAUGGGCGGUUAUGGAGAUAGACAUCCGCGAAGAGCGAACAUUCCCUCCAUCAAUACCCAGCCCAUGAACCAGCAGGGCCAGAACGAUAUGGCUACUCCCGGUACCGCCUUCGACAUGCAGUUUACUCCCUUGCUUCCUUCCCAGCUCUUGCUUGGAUCCCCGUUCCAGCCAGGUACACCAGCCGCCUUCCAGAGCCCCCAGUUCCAGAACUACGCUAGCUUCCAGCAACACAACCAACAGCAGCAACAACAACAGCAGGCACAACAGCAGAACAUGAGCCCGCUCUCUCCCCAAUUGUACCAGACCCUCGUUUCGCCCUCGACCUAUGGCGCUCCUCAAUUUUACAACCCCCAAUCCCCAACAGGCGGAUUCGCGAAUUUGAACAACCAGAUGAGCCAGAUGCAGAUUCAGCCAUCUUCCCCAGUCCAAAUGUCACCUGGUUUGGUUUCGGGCACAAGCAGAACAGUAUACUUGGGUAACAUUCCUCCGGAGACAUCUGCGGAGGAAAUCUUGGGACAUGUACGAAGUGGACAAAUCGAGUCUGUCAGACUUCUGCCAGACAAGAACUGUGCUUUCAUUUCAUUCUUGGAUGGGAGCUCUGCCACACAUUUCCAUUCCGAUGCUAUCUUGAAGAAGCUUUCCAUUCGCGGUCAGGAUAUCAAGGUUGGAUGGGGUAAACCUUCGCAGGUACCAACAUCUGUUGCUCUGGCGGUUCAACAGUCAGGUGCUUCCAGAAAUGUAUACUUGGGUAAUCUUGAGGAGACUGUUACUGAGGAUGAGCUUCGCGAGGAUUUAAGCAAGUUUGGACCGAUCGACACCGUCAAGAUUGUCCGUGAAAAGGCGAUUGGCUUCGUUCACUUCCUGUCUAUUGGUAACGCCAUCAAGGCUGUCGCACAACUCCCACAGGAGCCAAAGUGGCAAUCACCACGCCGUGUUUACUACGGAAAGGAUAGGUGCGCCUACGUCUCCAAGACCCAACAGCAGAAUGCCGCUCAAUACCUCGGUAUUGCUCCUGGAUACGCUCAUGUACUAAACGGCGCUGAUCGUGAUCUGAUCUCCAAUGCUCUGGCCCAACAAUCUGUUGCUGCUGCAGCUGUUGCCACAACUGCUGGAGGCAUUAACAACCUUGGCAAUAGAACUGUUUACCUUGGAAAUAUUCACCCCGAAACCACGAUUGAGGAGAUUUGUAAUGUUGUCCGUGGUGGACUUUUGCACCAUAUUCGAUAUAUACCCGACAAGCACAUCUGCUUCGUCACAUUUAUUGAUCCUACUUCAGCAGCUUCUUUCUACGCCUUGAGCAACUUGCAAGGCCUAAUGAUUCACAACAGGAGAUUGAAGAUUGGAUGGGGAAAGCACUCUGGCGCACUUCCAGCUGCUAUUGCUCUUGCUGUUAGCGGUGGUGCUUCCAGAAAUGUUUACGUUGGAAACUUGGAUGAAUCCUGGACCGAGGAGAGGCUGAGACAGGACUUCUCCGAGUAUGGCGAGAUUGAGCUUGUGAACACCCUUCGAGAGAAGAGCUGCGCAUUCGUCAACUUCACCAAUAUCGCCAACGCUAUCAAGGCAAUCGAGGCCGUUCGAGGCAAGGAUGAUUACAGACGAUUCAAGGUCAACUUUGGCAAGGAUCGUUGUGGAAACCCUCCUCGUCAAGUUCAACAGUCUCAACAAUCUCCUCGCAAUGAUGGUGUGAACUCGCCUCCUCCAAACAGCGGUGGACUCCAGCGUAGCCAGAACGGUAGCUCGCCAACCAACUCCCAGGCUCCAGGAUCUGCCACUGGUAGCGCUACCUUCCCUGCCCAGACACCAUCCACAAUUCUCAAUGCAGGAAGCAACAACCCUCUGACGAUGUAUCUCAACCAAGUUUCGCAACAAGCUCAUCAGCAACAACAGCAACAACUUGAUCCGUACUCAGUAGCUCAACUGCAACAGCAGCAACAACAGGUUCUUAUUGCUCAGCAAAACGCUCUGUAUGGCAAUGCUUCUCAGAACCUUGAUGCUCUUGACAUCCCGAACAGCCAGGGUAUGGGACACCAGCAAUCUGCGAGCAUCAACGGUUUCCAGAAUGGGCAAUCAGCCGCACCAACCAUGAAUGGUCUUCUGGCACCAGCACGCAGUCAGCACAACCGUGCUGUCAGUCUGCCAGUUUUUGCUCAGCAAGAGAAUGGAAACCAGAAUGAAGACCAACAGAGACGUGGACAUCAAUACCAGAGCUCUUUCUCGGGGCUCGGUAAUGGUAACGGGUUCUCAAAUGGCUAUGGACUUGCCAUUCAGGAUAAUUCUGGCAUGAGCCUGAAUGGAUUGAACGGUUGGGCAGAGGAAGAGAUUGUUGGCAACUAGGCGGCUGACUCUACUGAGAGAAGAUACUCAGGGGGUUUGGGGAGCUUGGAUACUUGCAUGGAUAUUGUGUUGUAAUACUUCUUUCUUCAAUGUGUUUGCUUAUUUCGGUUCAACUUCAUUCAUUCGCCUUCAUUUAUUCGAUUUCUUCUAUCUUUGCAGAAGCUCUUAUCUUUUUGGACAGCAGCUAUUCGUUCCACUCGUUGCUCUUUGGGCUGUUUCUUGUUCUUUUUUUUGUAUCCGUCUACAACCUUGCUUUUGUGCUUUACUAGGUGCAGAUCUAGCUUGCUCUUGAGCUUUGCGUGUAGCGGAUUUUUUUUGGCGGAUGUGAGUUGCAGUAAGAAGGAUGAAGAAGAGGAAAACAACAGCAAGACGAGGGAGAAUAAGGUGGUGGUGGGCCUGUGUUGGAAGUUGAGAGGGCGAGGGCGAGGGCAUCCAUGUGUGUCUCUAGGACGGAAGUACAGCUGCUGGGUGAGAUGGGGAAGCGGUGGAUAUGGUUCGUGGCGAUCUAGAUAUCGUAUGGAUGCAUAGAAAUCUGAAUGGACAUACUGGUUCAUUUACUGGGAU